UACACCCGUGUAAUGAAGCAGCGUGUUCUCCUCCUCUCGCUGUUGCCCACCCCGCACCUGUCCGCGCUGUGCGGCAGCCACGAGGGCUGCUCUUCCUUUUAUGGUCUGGCUUCCUUUGUGGACACGUUAGUUGGAUGAGGAGAGCAGAGCAUAGCGCGGUGGUCCAUAUUCCCCGCAUCUUCCAGUUGCGCUCCUGCGCUUUACGCAGAGUCCGCGGCUCCUCUGGAACACUCAGCUUUCUCUUUCUAAACACCGAGAUGAACAUGAGAUGAUUGAGCUCGUGGGCCGUGCGCACUGAUGCUUCUCAUUUUGCCGUUUCCUCGCGGUUUUUUCCUCUCUUGUCUGCAUCCUUCGCCGACCAAUCUGUGGAAUGGUCUGCGUUUUCUCCCCUGGGUUGUUUCCACUUCAGCAUGGGAACUGCGGUGUCCAAAAGGAAGAAUCUGAGGAGUGAUGCGAUUUCUUCCGUGGCCGCAAAAGUUAGAGCAGCCAGAGCAUUUGGAGAAUACCUGUCCAAUACCAAUCCAGAGAACCGCAACGGAGCAGAUCAUCUACUGUCUGAAACUUUCUCUGGCCAGGACUCUCCAGACGUCAGUCACUUGCAUAACAACAAUCUGCCACCACAGAGCCGUUGUUUAUCCAUAGCUAAACCCGCCCAGUCCAGCCAGUCUAAUCCCAGCACUAACCCACAGUCUCAAUCUCAAGUCAACACUCUCCAGGCUCAAGCAUCACUUGGCCCCUCCAAACGGCGACUCUCUGCCGAACGCAGUCUUUCCAUAGAGGACCCACCUGCUGCCAGGGGUUCACAGGGGCCUGUUGCUGUGAAGCCAGCCAGGGUGUACACAAUCACCAGGGAAGGCGGGAUGACCCUCGGGGGCCGUGGCAGUGAGGAGAGCCUGGAGUUGGAGGUGCUGAAGGGCUCCCGGGAGCAGCCUCUCUCACAGAGCACUUCUGCUGCCAGUCAUGGCCUAUCCUGCACCAGCCAACCAACCGCCUCAGCUGCCCGUGGCAGCCAUCACCGUAGCAGCCAUCACCGCAGUAACCAACAUCAUGCCCAGCAGCAUCACGGAGGCGCAUCAUCGCAGCCGCUGCAGAGCUCAGGUAGCGCUGGCAACAUUCGUGAUUGGGGAAUGAGGAGAGGUGGGUCGCGGGAUGACUACACCCCAGACUGCGUUGCCUGCAUUCGGGCUCCAUGCCAAAGUCAGCGCUCCCUGGACCUAGAUACCUCACCCCGAGAUGGAGGGAAGCAACGCAAAAAACUGGAGAGAAUGUACAGUGAGGACAGAGCAUCUACAGAUGACAGGGAGGACAAUCCUAACAGCUGGUUCCCCAAAGAGAAUAUGUUCAGCUUUCAGACAGCCACCACCACCAUGCAGGCAAUAUCGGCUUUCCGAGGCAUUGCUGAGAGAAAGAGACGGAAAAGAGAGCAGGAGGCAGCCACCAUGAUGGAGAGAAAUUUUCGCAAGCACCUUCGGAUGGUGGGCAGUCGCAGGAUGAAGGCCCAGACCUUCGUCGAUCGUCGAGCCAAGAGCUUCAGCCGCUCGUGGAGUGACCCCACCCCCGUCAAGCCUGAGUCACUGCAUGAAUCCAGAGACAGUGGCGAGCUUCAGACCUCCUCAGGGACGCUGGAUGAAGGGCUGGACGAGGAUGCCGACUGGGAGGAGGAGAGGGAAAUGGAAAGAGUGGCCUGCGACGGAGAAGACUUUAUCCCUCCCAAAAUCAUGCUGAUAUCUUCCAAGGUCCCAAAGGCUGAAUAUGUUCCCAACAUAAUUCGUAGGGACGACCCCUCCAUCAUCCCCAUCCUUUAUGACCAUGAACAUGCCACAUUUGAUGACAUUCUGGAGGAGAUCGAGAAGAAGCUGACUGCCUACAGGAAAGGCUGUAAAAUCUGGAACAUGCUCAUUUUCUGCCAGGGAGGUCCGGGACAUUUAUACCUGCUGAAGAAUAAAGUGGCAACCUUUGCCAAGGUGGAGAAAGAAGAAGAUAUGAUCCAGUUCUGGCGGCGACUCAGCAGGCUGAUGAGCAAGCUGAACCCAGAGCCCAACCUCAUCCACAUUAUGGGCUGCUAUGUGCUGGGAAGUGCUAAUGGAGAAAAGCUUAUUCAGACUCUGAAGAGGUUGAUGAGACCCACCUCCGUUGAAUUUAAGUCUCCACUAGAGCUGUCAGCACAGGGCAAAGAGAUGAUCGAAAUGUAUUUUGACUUCCGCUUGUUUCGCCUGUGGAAAAGCCGCCAGCACUCCAAGCUACUGGACUACGACGACCUCUUGUGACACCACCCAGUGUUCUGUUGGCUUGUCGGCCAGUUAUUGCGAAUCUGAGCCUACCUUUGUAUGGUGUCAAGGCAUUUGGUUGAAGUGGGGGGGCUCCUCUCCUCUCCAGAGAGGUUCCUAGACCGGCUCUGUGUCCGCAGCUAGAAGCUGGAGCAGCAGUGGAGGCAGCAGCAGUUGGGUCUGUUUUUGUAAGCCCUUCUGAAGUGAUGGGGUGUGGCCCUGUAGAUUCAGCCGGUGGUGUGCUAUCUCACCUGCACCUAUUUUCACUUUCUGCCUCUGCCUAACCCUAGAAAAGAGAAAGAAGGGGGACAAGAGUGAGUUGGAGAAGCAAGUGACUCAUCAUCCUAGCCUAAAUGUGUCAGAAACGCCAACUACACUUAGAUUUCUGAGUUCAGAGAGACUAUUAGAUACAAGAGUGACAGUGGAGAAUCUCUGUCUGAGAUGUGAGGAUGUUUUUUUCUUGUCCCACCUUUAGCCAACCUAUCUACUCUUGUUAGGAGGCUUAUAAGUAUGGAUUUAUAAGUUAUUUACAAAGGAAUUAGAGCUUAUAUGUAAAUAAACAAGUGCUUGCUAGAGCAUAAGAGAAUACAUUUUCAGCAUCUCUCGCCAUGCUGUCAUGUGAUAAUCUGGACAUGUGAUUAGUCUUAUUAAGAAUUAGAGUUGUCUAUUUACUGCAGUCUUUUUUUAAACCUUCAUAUAAAUGUAAUAGUGUUUCUUACAGACUGUUGUAAUAACUCAGGUCAAAUUAUUUUGUUUUCUACUAAGAAUUGUACUCACCUGUACAACAUACUGUAGAUCAGAAUCAAAGGCCUUCAUACUCCACACAGAGUCAUCUUCAGUGGAACAUCAGGGAUGAGCGGAGCUUUUCUCCAUUUUCAUCUCGCCUUUUGAGUCAGCUGUAGCCAAACAGACAGAUGCAUCCAUGCAUAUUUUUCAUAACAUUACAGCAUUGUGUUUUAGCCCACUGAGCCACUGCUAGCUGAUUUUUCUUGAGCUAUUGGUUCGUGGGCUCAAAGCCUUUUGCAGUGUUUGUAUUGCACAUGUGCAUUCAAACCCUUCUUGCAUAGCUAGCCUCUAAAGAGGUUUCAGUUGGAGGCUGACAUCAGACUCUUUACAGUGAGUGUAAUAUAGUGCAUAUUUAGUUCAUUCCAACAGUUUUUCACAUUUUUGGAGAACUUUCAUUCUUUAUUUAGCUUGGACAUCCAGUGGAGUGGUAGGGGCGAUGCGAUCCUUUGACUUAUUUUUGUUUCCCCUCACCACCAGCUUGUUGUUUCCAUCUCAACAUACUCUUAAUCUUAAUCAUAUAACAGCAACAAUGUGUCCCAAAUGCUGUCUUUGCCAUGCUUAUUUCCAGCAUUACAGUCCACUGUAAAAUGUUUUGCUGUAGCAAGAUUUUAAAGAUGCACAGGUGUGAUUUUGUGUUUUGCUGCCCUACAGUUGGGGCGUUUCAGUCAGACUGACAAAUGGUUCAAGCUGAGGCAGCAGAGGCUGAGAUAGCUUCAUCUUCAUUCUUCUUGUUCCAUUCGCAAGAUUCUACAUUUCCCACAAUGCAACAUGACUGCUUUUUUUCUUGAGCUCCUCUUGGAAUGACAAAUGUCUGAAUUCUAAAUUUAAACUUUGUGUGACACAAAGUUUUGCGGUACUGUUUUUCCUUUUCUUUCUUUCAAAAAAAUGUGUCAUCCAAGCUAAAUGACAUCAUCUGUAGGAAUAUUAAGCUCCACUCAGGGGCUUAGUGUUGUGUAGAUCAACAAAUACAAUAAUGCCAUAUAGCUGAUCAUUGCACACUUAGUUUACAAUAAUAAUAAAAGUUUUGGGGGACUGUGCUGCUUAGAAAUACAUGUACUGGUAUUGAAUAUGAGUAUUGAAUAUGAGUAAAAAUGGACAGGAUGAGUGAUAUUUACAUUGUCUCAUCUCAAACUUGUGCUGAUGUGGUCAUGUCCUCUGUUAUAUAAUAACUUUUUCCUCCCUUCUGCACCCUCAGACCAAAGCACUCUUUCUUAUCCGCAGCGUAAGCUGAGAAAAAGCGCUUUGUUUCUUGUUUCUUCUGUGCAGUUUGCUCGCAGAAUGAAAAUUAGUGUUUGGAUUUGGGAUGAGUUGUGAUAUUUUUAAAGUAACACAAGGUGUGUUGUUCAUGAUAUGUUUACUAGUCUCUUAUACUGUGUCCUGUCUGCAUUGUAAACAUAGUUCACUGCUUAUUUUUCCACAAAUUCCAAGCUUUGUUGCAGCUUCUUGGGCCAUCCACAUCAGCUGACCUGGAAUUAGUUUUCAUGAAGCAGUCUUGAUAGGUAGAAAUUACAAAAGACCUCUGAAAUCUAUUUUAUUUACUACAUUUAACUACCAAACAGCUUAAAAUAUGUCCCUCUUAUUUAACUGUUAUUGCGAGAGUUUUUGUGUUCAUGGGACCGAAAUCUCAAAUUUAGAAUAGUGGGUCAUAAUUAUGAGUGGUAUUGUAUAAGCUGCAGAGAUAAGGUCUCUUACAUGUUUGAUUGAAUGCAAUCUUCUUCCACAUAUACCUGUUACCAUGACAUUUGCUAUGUUUGCUGUGUCUUAAAUCACAUACUUCUAUAUUUAAACUCAUUAAUUUGAGUUCGACAUUGUGUUCAAUAUCAAGUACUGCUCCACAAAGUGCUGCUUGAGUACCUAGAAAUGUGGCACAUUUCUCAAGCUCAAGGGUCACUGUUAGCUAGCAGAUAGACUGCUAGCUAACUGGUAGUCCUUCCAUAAGAGAUUUUUAUUUAUUUAUUUUUUGUUAAGGGUAGAUUUUUUUUUCUUCAGGCACUGAAACUAGCUUUGUUAAAUUGUUUUGCAUAUUGCAAAUGCCAUUAAUGGUGAGUGCAUGACUGGUCAGCUCUGAUUUGAAACAAGCCUACCUGGUAAAUCCAUUUACUAAACAAGUAGCUAUAUAGUGUACAUAAAGCACUAAAUGAAAAAGUAUUUGAAUUGAGACACACUGUACUUAAACAGGCAGGGAUACAAUGCUGCUACAUACUCUUUUAUUCCACGAAGCAUGUAUCACCCAAUCUCUGUCACAAGCAUUGUGAUAAUUUGGUGUAAUCAAAGGAAAAACGAAGACCUUUCUAGUUCCAUGGCUGCUCCUGGUUUGCACCAUUAAGUCAUGCAGCAUAUUGUCUCACAUGGCAUCUGGGUCUUCGAAUUACCUCAAAUGCAGAGAGAACCAGGGAUUUAUUUGUUAGGGAAUAUUUAAUGGUAUUUUCUCUACUGCUACCUUUUUAAUUUUCAUAAAUGUUAUGCUCAGUAGAAAAUAUUGUACAUUUUCAUUGUACAGUUUGUGUUUUCUUUUUUUUUUUGGUGUUGGUGGAUUACGUGUAAGGACUUCAUUAUACUUUCCAUGUGAGUGAGUCUAUUAGGCUCAGGUUGGGUCUAAAUGAUUUUGUCAUGAGACAGUGAGCCAGUCUAUGCAGAUGUCUGCAUGGCUGGCUCUUUUUUGACUGUGGACACUGGAGAUUUUACAUUACUGGACAACAACCAGAUGGCAGACUUCAAGGGGACGUGAAAGAAUUACGACAGGGAUGACUUCUUGGCCCUCAUGUCUCCUGUACAUGUCUGAAACAUAGUAUAAUCAAUGCUUGGAGCAACCCAUCUAGGGCUGGACUCAGCGGUAGGGUUUGCGUUAAUGUCCACUCUGUUUGAUAGAAUUUUCUUAUUUGGAAUAUUCAAAUGGAAAAGCUUUAAACAGAAAAAAAUGUGCCUAAAACAAUACCCAACCCUAAACCACCCCCAGGUGUAUCAGUGAAGAUAUGAUGUUUAUUAAGAGGUCAGUUUUAAGUGACCUCUAGUUUGAGUCCUUAACUGCAACUUAUUAGAAGCUGCGCCAGGUUGUUAACAUUAAUGCACAAUAUUGAGUGCUGAGUGUGUUAGUGCUGUGGAAAUGUGCAUUAUGCUAAACUGGUCAUCUGUUCUAGAACAGGUAAUCCCUCUCCUCCUUUGUUAUUCAAUCAGCCUUUGAUUGUGUUUGCUGAUCAAACCGCCAACUGUUACUUCAAACAGGAGGCGGCUGUUCAGUAUUUAAAUUGUAGUAGUAUUUUACAGCCGUUGUGUACAGUCUGGCUAGUUUUGCCUGUUCACCUUGUUUACAUUAACGUCAAACUUAGUUGAGGUUGGUGUAAGUUAGUGUAACUCUCAGGCAAUUAUACAACUUUCAAUGUUUCUUUUCCCUUUGUUCAGGCUUUAUGAGCGUUUUGGACUAAUCAUGUGAGGUCGUGCCUGUCCUUUGUGCCCAGUGAUCUCUUUGCUUAAAGGUGGUUCUGAUCUUAAAAAUCGUUGUACAUUCAUGACUUUCCUUCAUGAAGAUAUGUAUUUGUUUAAAGAUCAAAUACUUUCCCAGUUUGUAUUCUGUAGCAGUAAUCAGUGUAAGAAUAUUUCUGUAUUGGUAUUUCAAUUUGUAUAUUUGUAUGUACAAGAGCAUUGUUGGAGGUACUGUACGAGAUACCUUUGGAUUUUAAUGACUGUCUUACAAUUCUGUGGACAGAAACAGACACUGCAGUGUGUGCAGUGUGCUCGCUGCUCGGCUUCUUUAUAUUCUGCAGCAGUUUAGCGCAGCCCUAGUUCUGCUCAUACGACCCUCUUCUUUCUCCUCUGCUGCGAGUUUAAAUAAAGGCCAAAGCCCAGAGCGUAAUUACACACCUCUGUUCGACACUUGUAACCACAUCUUAAGUCGAGGUGUUUAAUCGUGCUCUUAUACUAAAAACUGGCACAAGUUUGAUGGAUUUCUAAUGAGUUUUCUGAUAACAAAGACAACAGAGACUUUACUGGAGAUUCAUUAUCUGCUGUCAAGCCCACAACAUUUUCCCCAUGGCUCUGAUCAGAUAAAACACUUAGCUCUCCUGCUGGAACAUAACGCAUCAGUGCUAACAUUGAGGAAGAGCCCGAGCAGUGUAAAACAAUUCGCAGACUUUGUAGACUAGAGCGGUUUUGAGUCACAUUCCCAUGGCAAAGUCAGGUAAUGUGGGACAUCAGAGAUAAUAGAUCAGAUCUUUGAAUAUUACCAGUGAAACACCAAACAGAAUUUUACAAUGCUGCUACAAAAAUCUUUUACAUGAAACAAUUAGGCUGAUUGGUUUGAACUUACUAAGACGAGUUGAGCAAAGAUUUUUUUUUUUUUUUAAAAGAUCAUUGUUCCAAAAACUUGCACUGUACUGAAAAAUGAUAGUUAUAGUAUAUUAUGUCAUUUUGAGAAAUAUUCAAAUAAUAACCUUUGCUUUGAGGAUAAUUGCUUUAAGAAGCAGAGUGACUCUUCCAUUAAGUAAAUUGGGUCAAAAAGGUUAGACUACAUGAGUUAUUCUGCUGCUUGCCAGAAUCGCAGGUUAGACAUUUCUGGCAUUUUUAGUGCUUAAAAAUAUGAAAGUUUACGCAGUGACUACAUAUCAACCACAAUUAUCUUGAACUGGCCAUUGUUACAUACACAGACUACGAAAACUCCAGUAUCACAGAAUCACACAGUGAAAGUCAAUAAUUAUGCUUUGUGAUUGGAGUAGUAAUUGCCUUUAAUUUUUUAUGAAAUGAAGGCGUAAUCAAUUUUCUUUCUCAGUUGUCCCCUUUCACUUUUGUUUGUCCCUAUCAUUUAAAUAUGAUCAGCAAGUGGAGAAACCCCUAACCAAGGUCACAUGAAAUACUUCUGAAGAUAAUACUUUAUCUAAUGGGAGAAAUUUUGUUUCCAAAUAUCUAAAAUCACAGAGAGAAGCUUCAGUGUCAGGUAUCUAUAGGCUACUGGGUUUGUUACUACAGUAUCCUCCCAAUUCAGAAACAAAGCAUACAUUAUUUCAUUAACAAUGUUAUUGAUCAGCAAUAUUGACCAGUGUCGCUUUAAGAUAAAAAGUAAACACCUGUACAUAUUGGCAGUGGAGAAAGCAGGAAACAUCAUAUUUUUUAAAGGAGUUGAGCAGCGACUGCCUUGGCAAACUUUGGUUUGGGAAGCUUUGACAAAACUCUGGCAUUAAAACAUGACUCAUGUCUGGGAUGUUAAGCCUCUUCUAAUAAGGUCGGGUAUUCAUAUAUGUGCAGAUGUAUUUCAAGGGGAAAUGACCACACGCAGUUUGACUUCUCGUCAUGGUUCACCGAAGCAGCCAUUUCCAUUUCUUGAGAGGAUAAUUACAUAAAUCAAGAGUUUGAGCUUUGCCUCCUCUCUUGUUAUUUUCCACGUGAAACUGUGUGUCAUAUUGACAACUGCAAAGAUCGCUCAAAUUAUUAUUAAGCAUUGUUGUGCCCUCCCUCCUGCUUUGUUCUAGUUUCAGUGAAGAUUUCCAAGGCUCAGUUGGGAAUGAGUGUGAUGAGGAUGAUGAAUUGACGCUGCUUUGAUUGCCCUGACAUCUCCAGUUGGGCUGUGAUUGUAUUUCUGGAAGUUUUGAAAAUAAUAUGUCUAUGUAAUGUCUGUGUCAUUUUGGAUCAACUUCUAAAUAAUUUAACUGAGCAUUACAUUUUGGAAUAGAUUUUUUAGUCCAACACAGUAGAGUGUGAGAUUUAUAAAUGUUACAGUGAGCUUCAUCCAUGUAUAUGGAUAGAGAAAAUCUUAAAGGUAUGAUAGCAAUUAACAUUACUGCAUAUAGUGAUUUUGAUACUAGCAUAAGUUAAAACUAUUAUCUGGGUAGCUUUCCUGAGCUUUGGGGUUUCUUCCUUAGAAUAGACAUUAGAGAAUGCUUCUUAUUUCAAGGGCAAUGUGUUGUAUCUGAACUAAUAGCAAGGAAAUGUUUUUGCAUUGCACAAUGUUGGUAAUAACCUGUGAGAAAAAGUAUUGUUUCUACAGCAUUUCCUCCCCCAAGUAAACUAUAGUUAAACACA